UUUUGUUUUGUGAGGUGAUAAGUGGAGGUCAUGUGUUGGAGGCUUGAAAGAUGUGGACUUAAUGACAAUUUUCAAGCCCACAGAGAGUAGUAGACCCAAACCUUUGGAACACCACCAAAAGACCCUACCAGCUAACCGAAUUGCAUCUUUAUUAUGUGGUGCAUUGACAAUAACACUCUUAUUUUCUAGUUUAGAUUCAGACUCUUAACACUUCACUUUAUUAUUUAGUUUUCUAUUGCAAUGAUUAGAUGAAGGUUGUGGGAUGUAUGUCAGGUUGACAGCAUGAACAAACCAGGAAUACUGCUGGAAGUGGUACAAAUCCUAACAGACCUUGACCUCACCAUCACCAAGGCUUACAUCUCUUCUGAUGGUGGAUGGUUCAUGGAUGUAUUUCAUGUCACUGAUCAACAAGGUAACAAGAUUACAGGCAGUAAGACCAUUGAUUUUAUAGAAAAGGAUUACAGAGAGCACAACGAUGACACCACCGUACACUUUGAAGUUAUUAUGUCCGAGGAGAACUUGAUCAUGGCAAAGCAAGAGGGCUUGCUAAAGAAAUUUAAACUCACCACAACUAUCAGCACAAGCAACAUGCAUCUGUUCGACCUAAAAGGCGUGAUUAAGAAAUAUGAAACCCCUGAGCAGAUUCUUGAAGAAUUCUUCCACGUAAGACUUGAAUUCUAUGAGAAGAGAAAGCACUUCACUGCUCUCAUUAUCUGUCACAAGGAGGUUAUUCGGUGGAUGACUUUAUGGAAUGCAUUCAAGGAUGAAUUUGAGAAUGAAAAGAACAUGCUUGGUGGUUCUUUAGGACGAUCAAGCACAAGGCUGAUGCUUGGUGAAAAGAACGAUCAAGCACAAGGCUGAUGCUUGGUGAAAAGAACGAUCAAGCAUAAGGCUGAUGCUUCAAAACCAUAUAUAUUCCUUCCUGUUUUAGAAUUUUUUUUGGAUUCUUUCAUUGAUUUUCCUUUUAAUUUUUCUUCAA